ACAGGGGGAGGCUAAAGAAGGAGUAAUCAAAGCUCCCGAUUUGUUGGAGACUAGCGACGAGGAUGGUGUUGGGAAGGCGGGCCAGUUGUGGCACAGACUCGACACCUCUUUCCGACAGCCGCGCGCACAGGUGCGGGUGGUCCUUGCGACCCCUGUCAUUUCGGACGCAGGAGCCAAGGGGCGUCAACACGCUCAGAUCAUGGCAGACAUCCUCCACAAGGUCCUCGCGCAGAGAACCUACGACGCGCAGCUGGCGGGUCUGCACUGGGGCGUGUCGCGCCACACGUGCGGGUACGUGCUACAGGUGUCGGGCUUCAGCCAGAAGAUCGACCUCCUGCUGCAGCAGGUGGUAGAGGCGUUUCUCGACCCGGUUGCGGCGGCGGGGGGCCCGGAAGAGUUCGCGAAGCAGUUUCAGCUGGCCAAAGAGCGGGCCCUGAUGCGCACCAAGAGCUGGGUCAUGAGCCGCCCCGACGAGGUUGCUCACUACUACACUGGCUUGGCCUUGAAGCUAUCCGACGACCUCGUCCCCGACCCUGGGCACAUUAAGGCGGCCGAAGCCACCAACCUGGAGGAAUGCCUGUCGCAGCACAAGGAGGCUCUGGCCAAGGUGCUUCCCGUAGGCCUCGUGUACGGAAACACUUCUCAAGACGACGCCAGAAGGAUCUGGAAGACGAUGACGGAAAGGCUGGACGCUGCGGGUUGCCCCCCUCUCCCCGAGGAUGAGUACCCCCGCUCGCUCACAAGGCCUCCUGCCUAGAGGCAAGCGGGUCAACCUCCGGCUGGACGUCCCGAACAGACACGAUGAGAACUCGUCAGCGGUUGCUUACUUCCAGCUUGGAGAGCGCGACGAAAGAAGGGCCGCCACGUUACUCCUGCUGAGCCAGAUGAUGCGGGAACCGUGCUUCACGGAGCUGCGGACCAAGCAACAAAUCGGGUACAUCGUGUCCAGCGGGGUCCACAACUACGGCAGGGGGGCAAGGCAGCUCGGGUUCUCCGUGCACGCCCUGUCCAAGACCCUCGGCCCCGAUGAGAUCUGCUCGCGCAUCGACGCCUUCCUGCCGCAAUUCCGAGAGCUAGUUCGCAACAUGUCCGAUGAGGAGUUCGACAUGCACGUGGGCAGCCAGGUGUCGAAGCAGCUAGAGCCCCCGACCAAGGCCGAUGCAGAGUUCGGCUUGAUUCUCGGCGAGGUUUUCUCGGGCGACCUCAAAUGGGACCGGGCGGCGGUGAAGGCUGAGCUGCUCAAGACCAUCACCCGACAAGAGGUGUUGGCCCUUCUAGGUGGCGAGAUGCUGGAUGGCGAUGGCGCCAAGCGCCUGAACGUGCUGGUAUACGGCAAGAACCACCCAAGACCAGAGCACAGCUCAGAGGACGAAACAACGGCGAUCGAACUGGUCCCGGAGACCCUCCAGGCCUUCACGCGAACCCUGGCAAUGCAGGACACGACGGUGACUCCUCAACAGGCCAUCGCCAACGCCGCAUCAUCGUAAUCAUCGCUGGCCGGCGCAAACAGCGCUUAGUUGUUGGAGCCAGGUUGUUGUCAUCAUAUCGCCACGGACACGGUGCAGCAGUUUCUCCGUGAGAUGGUAAAUACCGCCCUUGGCCAGCACGAUAGACAGCGACAAGCACCACGGGACGUGGGUGGAGCAACCCAUCACGCACUCUCUUUCGUUCCGUUUUUUCCAGGAUUGGCGGCUUGAUUUACCCCGCAGAGUAAGCGAAUGAGCUCUUGAAGCGGAAAUUCUGUGAAACACGAUGUAGCGUGGCAGCGUGUUGCCGGGUUGCCUGUGUAGCCCGGGUUCUUGUCUAGUUUCCUCACGAAAUGUUGUUGAUGGAAUGGUGUUUGUUUAGUGUACCAAUGCCUUCUGUCGAUGUGAUAACUUUGCAAGGAUGUUCGAGCAUCCAAAGGAGAGACCAGCUUUGAAACGCAACAAUCGACACCUGCUGCCUUACACAAGCAGGAUCCCUUACGCGGGAAAACAGUCAUGUGCGUGUUUACAUGCCACGCUCGAGGAGCACGUCGGGCGUUCGGUGUAAUGUAAGUAUUCUGUGCUUGGAAGUAUUGUAGUUAUUUUCCAGCAAUACUCUCCUGGUCAGUGUGAAGGGGUGGGUGAGUCCAAUCCGGCCGCGGAACAGGAUUAGGAUUAGUUUCCAGCGUGUUUAACCAUUGU